AGCCUCAUAGGACGUGUGGGGGGGGGGCACACGCAGGGUCAGCAUGAUCGUGACGCCCCCCCUUCAGUGUGCGAGCUUGUGAGCGCUUAUCCACCGCUGCCUGCUGUCGGUGAUCUGCGCACCGGGAACCUUACCGGAAACACGGCGGAGCUCCGUUGGUCUGACAGGCUGCUCGUCAUGCUGUCCCUGUGGCCCCUCCCCCUGUGGUUCCUCCAACUCUUGCUCCAAUCAGCUGCCGGCACUGAGUCAGCUGAUAACUCCACAGAUCUGCAGGUCGUGACGCUGGCGGCCAUCCUCCCACUGACAAACACGGACUAUGCGUGGGCGUGGCCCCGCGUAGCGCCGGCGCUGCAUCGCGCGGUCCGGCGGGUGAACUCCGACCCGGCACUGCUGCCGGGCCUGGAGCUGCGUCUGGUACACGGCAGCUCUGAGAACCGGGCCGGGUUCUGCUCAGACUCCAUGGCGCCGCUGGUGGCGGUGGACCUGAAGCUCGCUUACGACCCGUGGGCCUUCAUCGGGCCCGGCUGCGACUACUCGUCCUCGCCGGUGGCCCGCUUCACCACGCACUGGGACGUUCCCAUGGUGACGGCCGGCGCCCGCGCUGUGGGCUUCAUGGUGUUAAGCGCCGUCACCAACACGGGUCCGACCCAAAAGAAGUUGGGCGAGCUCGGGGCACAGCUGCAGGAGGCGUUCGGCUGGCGGCGCCACGCCAUGCUGGUGUUCAGCGACAACAAAGACGCGAACAACGACCGGCCGUGCUACUUCGCGGUGGAGGGUCUGUACCUGAUGCUGGGCCGGCAGAACAUCUCCAUCCAGGAACACGUCAUUGAUCCCGACAACCUGAACUACCGCGCCAUCGUGCAAAAGAUCCGCGACAACGGGCGAGUGGUGUACCUGUGCUGCUCCUGGGACAUCCUGCGGACUCUUAUGGUUCAGUUCUGGAAGGAAGGGGUGGAGCUGGAGGACUACGUCUUCUUCUUCAUUGAUCUGUUUGCUACAGGUCUGGAGGGGCCGGGCCCUGUAAGGCCGUGGUUCAGAGGAGACGAGGACGACCAGGCCGCCCGCCUCGCCUUCAGGAGUGUGAAGGUGCUAUCCUACCUGCAGCCUCAAAAUCCAGAAUAUCUCGAGUUCAUAGAAACUCUGAAGAGCGACGCCAAGGAGAUGUUCAACUUCACCAUCACCGAUUCUGUGUUCAAUAUCAUCGCUGCAGGUUUCCACGACGGAGUCCUGUUGUACGCUCAGGCUCUGAACGAGACGCUGAGCGAGCAGAGACCAGGACCAGGACUGGUCCAGAGGCCUAGAGGAGACCUGGUGACCCGGAGGAUGUGGAACAGAACUUUUUCAGCAGUGACAGGGCUCCUGCACAUGGAUGAGUUCGGGGACAGACAGAUGGACUUCUCGGUUUGGGACACGGUGGACCUGCAGACUGGAGAGUUCCAGGUGGUGUGUGUGUUUAACAGUAGUCUAAAGGAGCUGAUCAUGCAGGAGGGGCGGAGCUUCCUGUGGCCCGGAGGAUCUCCACCUGCAGACAUCCCCGAGUGCGGCUUCAAGAGCGACAAACCGUCCUGCCUCGCACGUACGGUCACCAUGCAUCAGAUGGUUGCCAUAGUGAUCUGCUUCAUCUUUGUCAUCAUCGUCACGGUGACGGUCUUCAUCUACAGGAAGCUGAAGCUGGAGAGCGAGCUGGCGGCUCAGCUGUGGAGAGUUUCCUGGGACGACGUCCAGAUGAGUAACCUGGAUAAAGUCCUGAGGAGAGCCUGCAGCAGACUCACCAUGUCACUGAAAGGAUCAAACUGCGGCUCCCUGAUGACCAUGGAGGGGAACUUCCAGAUUUACACAAAGACUGGAUACUACAAGGGAAAUCUGGCAGCCAUCAAAUACAUCAACAAGAAACGCCUCGAGCUGACCAGGAAGGUCCUGUUUGAGCUGAAGCAUAUGCGAGACGUUCAGAACGAGCACCUGACCGGCUUUAUCGGAGCCUGUAUCGACGCUCCCAACAUGUGUAUCAUCACCGAGUACUGCCCCAGAGGCAGUCUGCAGGACCUGAUGGAGAGUGACAGUAUCACUCUGGACUGGAUGUUCAGAUACUCUCUCAUCACCGACAUCGUCAAGGGCAUGCUGUUCCUGCACAGCAGCGUGAUCUCGUCACACGGGAACCUAAAGUCGUCUAACUGCGUUGUCGAUAGUCGCUUCGUUCUGAAAAUCACUGACUACGGUGUGCAGAGUCUGCGGGGGGGCGGCGGGCCCGAGGACACACACGCUCACUAUGCACGUAAGCUGUGGACAGCUCCGGAGCUGCUGAGAAUGGACGCCCCCCCCCCCUGUGGGACGCAGAAAGGAGACGUUUACAGCUUUGGGAUCAUCCUGCAGGAAGUGGCUCUGCUGAAGGGAGUCUUCUACCUGGAGACUCAAACACUGACCCCAAAAGAGAUCGUGCAGGCGGUGCGGCAUGGCUCCACCCCCCCCAUCAGACCCUCGCUGUGCCCCUACAGCCACAGUGAGGAGCUGGGGCUCCUGAUGCAGCGCUGCUGGAACCAAGAACCCGGAGAACGACCUGACUUCAGCUGCAUCAAGAUCCUGCUGAGGAAGCAGCACAGGGGUUACGGUUCUAACAUCCUGGAUAACCUGCUCUCCCGGAUGGAACAGUACGCCAACAACCUGGAGGAGCUGGUGGAGGAACGAACUCAGGCGUAUCAUGAAGAGAAACGUAAAGCAGAAAACCUGCUGUACCAAAUACUGCCACACUCAGUAGCGGAGCAGCUGAAGCGAGGAGGGGCGGUUCAGGCCGAAGCCUUCGACUCAGUCACCAUUUACUUCAGUGACAUCAUCGGCUUCACAUCGCUUUCUGCGGAGAGCACGCCAUUGCAGGUAGUGACGCUGCUGAACGACCUCUACACCUGCUUCGACGCCAUCAUCGACAACUUUGACGUUUACAAGGUGGAGACAAUUGGCGAUGCCUACAUGGUGGUGUCAGGGCUGCCGGUGAGGAACGGGAAGCAACACGGCAGAGAGAUCGGACGCAUGGCGCUCGCUCUGCUGCAGGCUGUGCAGAGCUUCACCAUCAGACAUCGAGCCAAUCAGAAGCUGCGGCUGCGGAUUGGCAUACACAGCGGUCCAGUGUGUGCAGGUGUGGUGGGACUGAAGAUGCCCAGGUACUGUCUGUUCGGAGACACAGUGAACACAGCGUCACGCAUGGAGUCCAACGGAGAGGCUCUGAGGAUCCACGUGUCAGAGGCGACCCGGGAGGUUCUGCAGGAGUUCGGCUGUUUCCGGCUGCAGCUGCGGGGGGAGGUGGAGCUGAAGGGGAAGGGAAGCAUGAGGACCUACUGGCUGCUGGGGGAGGAGGGGUUGGCCUGAGGGGGGGUAAGACUCUCUACCGUCCUCUGUCCUCUGGGGGGGUCUGCAGGGUUCACUAUCCUCUGGACAUUAUAGACCAGGGGCGUCCAAAUGCGACCCGCAGGCUAUUAUAAAUUGUCCCUCAGCUAGUUCAAGAGGAUAAGGUCGUAUGGCCCACACAUGGAACGUGUGCUUGUCUUAUAUUGUACUUAAAUAUAUGUCAAGCACAAGACGAUAUGUAAUCAUAUAUUUCACUGUUUCCCGACUUAAUGAGCCCACCUUUCAAAUAAAUUCAGCCAAUGAAAGUUGAAAACAUUUUCUAACCAAUCUGAGUUGAUAUAAAAGAAACGAGCUUGAAGUAACCUUUCAUUCCCCGUAUUAUAAGCACUCUGAGCGAGCCCUGCGGAGAGCUGGGCUGUAGGCGGUUUUUUUCCCAACGCGUAUUCAAGUAUCAAGCAUAACUUACCUACAUUUGAUUUGUUUUGCUAACUUAUAACCUCACUUAAGAGGAAAUAUACUUCGACUCUAGUGAAGGGCCCAGACCUUCGUAUAUUUUUCUGUAUUUGGCCCUCAGUGAAAAACGUUUGGACUCCCCUGCUAUAGACUCUCCAUGUUUUCAGUGUGAGGGUUAUCAGCCGUGCAGCUCCCCUCUUCAUAAGGGGUGCAGGAAUGAGUCCUUAACCCUGACAUGCAUCGGCAUCACUUCCUGUCCACUGCUCUGGAGGUCAAUAGUGUUCUGGAUGUGUUUUUGGUUGUCAUCCUGAAAUAAGGUCUGUGAUUAACACAAGCCGACGAGGAUUCAACGUUUAGUCCUACGUCACUGAGUACCCCACCGCUGGAUUCAGAACCGGUACCUGAGCACCGUCACGCCCUCUUCUUGUUGGAGCUCCGCAACGUUUCAUUUAUAUCCAAACAGAUCAUGUGAUGUGCCAUCCAGCCAAAGACAGACCGCUGAUUUAUUAUUAUUGGAGACUUUAUUCUCCAUCAAGGUUUCAGUCUGUGUUUCUUUAGCUGAGCUGCUGUAAACAAUAAAGACGUGUUCAUGAGAAGUGUA